AUGGAUAACGAUAGUGGUGAAACAAAUAUCACAGCUCAUCAUCCUGACAUAUCUGACGUCUACAGCAACCACCUGCCUUCCAUCCUCAUCAACAGAUUGUUCACACUGAUAUUCUACAUCAUCGGACUGCCGGCCAAUCCUGUGUGCGCUUACAUCUGGCUGCAACAAAAGACUCGCGCCAACAAUUCGUCGGCCAUCUACCUGGGCGCCUUGUCCAUCUCCCAUGUGGUGUUUCUGGCCUUGCACAUCCUGCAGGAACUACGCUACGCCUGGGGAAUUAGCAUCUACGACGGUUAUGUCUCCUGUGAGAUAUUCAAUAUGUUAUUUUGUAUCCCACAAUACUUAGCGCCACUUCUAGUUUUGGGUUUUACAGUGGAACGUUACAUUGCCGUCUGCCAUCCUUUCGCCAAGGAGAGGUUCUGCACCGUGCGGCGGGCAGUCCUUGUUGUCAUAUGUCUCCUGGCCGUCUGCAUCAUCAUCAGCACCUUGCAGGCCUACUUUUGGACGUACGAUGAGGUGAAGAAAAUAUGCAACCACCGACAGGAGCUGCAGGCGUCUCCAUUCAUCGAGAUCUGGACAUGGUCGACAGAGUUGCUUCUGUUUGGGGUUGCUCCGCUGGCUGCUCUCGUCUUCAACAUCCUGGUGAUUCGUGAGAUCCGCAGCUUGACCACAAGUGGCCCUGCCCACCUGGGGGUGUCAGUAGGCAGCCAGACGUCCACUGUCACUCUCCUGAGCGUAUCUUUUUACCUGAUAUGUACUUGGCUCCCCUACACUAUAGUUUACUCCAUGUACAAUCAGUUCCCUAUUGGUCCCUUUCCCAUCCAACCAGAAGCUGUUCAGGCUGACCCAACAUGGCGUAGACAUUUGAUGUAUAUUCUGGUCAGGAAUUUCCUCACAGAGAUCACAUUAUCUAACUCCGCCUGCUACUUCUUCAUUUACUAUGCAACCGGCAAAUACUUCAGACAGCGGGUGCAUGAGCUCCUGUGUCCAGCCUCCUGGCUGCAGACAAAGGACAGUAGCCAUCCCAAGAAAUCCUACCUGGCCAUCUCUAGCACGGCUUUCAUCAAGGGAAAGCCGGCCGCCUGUGUGUGA